GUACCUGUGGCUGCGGCGCUGAGGUCCGAUGGUGUUGCGUGCGGGCUGCUUUUGUAGCCGGUGCUGAGCGUUUCCCGGGUUGGUGGCUCCUGCGCGUCGUUAUAGCUCUCCAGCCCUUCUGUUUCUGUGAGGGGUCGACGUGAGGCUAGCGGAGACGAGAAGGGUGAUUGUCAUGGUGACUGCACAGCUGGUGAACAUGUGAAAUGCGGUGCUUCACAAGUGGAGGUUCGUGCUACAGUCACGUGUGAGGACCUUUGGAGAAGUCAUAUGUGAGGGUCAGUACAAAAGAUUAAAUUCUACAGAAGAAUGCAAUCAAGUGAUGGCUUUUUCUUUAGAAUUUGAAUAUGGAGGCCACAGGAUCAGAUGAAGUUGAUAAACUGAAAACUAAAUUUAUAUCUGCUUGGAACAACAUGAAAUAUAGCUGAAAACAAAUUGGAGAUAAAGAAACCCUCAAAGAUUGAAAAGUACUUGGGCAGAACUCAUUUCAACAGGAAGUUCAUAUUUGUUAAAAAUGGGAAUGAUAACAAAAUUCAGUAAAAGCCUUUAAUAAUGCGAAUCCAGGUUGGGUGCUAAAAACAAAGACAUAUUUUAGUAGAAAUUCCCCUGUUUUAUUGCUUGGAAAAUGUUAUCAUUUUAAAUAUGAAGAUGAAAAUAAAAUGUUACCUGCAAGAUCAGGAUGUACAAUAGAAGAUCAUGUAAUUGCAGGAAAUGUAGAAGAAUUUCGUAAAGAUUUCAUUUCUAGAAUAUGGUUGACCUACAGAGAAGAAUUUCCUCAAAUAGAAGGCUCAGCUUUGACAACUGACUGUGGUUGGGGCUGUACAUUGAGAACUGGACAGAUGUUGUUGGCUCAAGGACUUAUACUACACUUUCUUGGUAGAGCUUGGACCUGGCCUGAUGCUUUGAACAUUGAAAAUUCAGACUCUGAAUCGUGGACUUCUCACACCGUAAAAAAAUUUACUGCAUCAUUUGAAGCCUCGCUUUCAGGGGAAAGAGAACUCAAAACUCCGACAAUUUGUCUGAAGGAAACAAUCGGGAAGUGUUCUGAGGAUCACGAGACAGAAAAUGAAAUUUGUCAUAGGAAAAUCAUCUCUUGGUUUGGUGACUCCCCCCUGGCGGCCUUUGGCUUACAUCAACUAAUAGAAUAUGGAAAGAAGUCUGGGAAGAAAGCUGGAGAUUGGUAUGGACCAGCUGUAGUUGCUCACAUAUUAAGAAAAGCGGUUGAAGAAGCAAGACACCCUGAUUUACAAGGGAUAACGGUUUAUGUUGCACAGGAUUGUACAGUUUACAGUUCUGAUGUAAUUGAUAAACAGAGUGCUUCCAUGACUUCUGAUAAUACAGAUGACAAAGCUGUUAUUAUUCUAGUUCCUGUUAGACUUGGUGGAGAAAGAACCAACACUGACUACUUAGAGUUUGUAAAGGGUAUUUUAAGCCUUGAAUAUUGUGUGGGUAUUAUUGGUGGCAAACCUAAGCAGUCAUAUUACUUUGCUGGAUUUCAAGAUGACAGUUUGAUUUACAUGGAUCCUCAUUACUGCCAAUCUUUUGUAGAUGUCAGCAUAAAGGAUUUCCCUCUUGAGACAUUCCACUGCCCUUCUCCCAAAAAGAUGUCGUUUCGAAAAAUGGAUCCUAGCUGUACAAUUGGAUUUUACUGUCGAAAUGUUCAGGACUUCAAACGAGCUUCUGAAGAAAUCACUAAGAUGCUGAAAAUGUCUUCUAAGGAGAAAUAUCCCUUAUUUACUUUUGUAAAUGGUCAUUCCAGAGACUAUGAUUUUACAUCAACUACAACCAGGGAAGAAGACCUUUUCUCAGAGGAUGAAAAGAAAAGAUUAAAAAGACUGAGCACAGAAGAAUUUGUCUUGCUUUAAAGAUCAGCACAUUUGUACUGGAUGAGAACUCUUUGAAAGCAGAAAAGUGAAGAGAAACAAGUACACUUGAAGCUGGUUUAUUUUCACAAAUAUCUGAAUUUUAUAUGUUCUUUUAAAAAAGAACAUUUGAAAAUAUACAAGUUUAAAGAUAUUUUUCUGAAAGAGAAAUGAUUUAAUGAACUCUACUUUAUAAUAAAUAAUAAAUUAAGUGAUUCUGGUUGCAUUCCUAUUUCCCUAGGAUUUGCUAAUGAUAACUCAACCUUUAAGGAAGAUUUUAGUCUUCAAAGCUUUCCACCUGAACCCAUUGGUUUCCUAGAGCUUUUAUGAUAAAACUUCCCCUCCACUGGCCCGAAGAAUGGGAUCACUAAAUAGUUCCAAAAUCCUUAGUUUGUAUUGAUAACCAGAAGACCAGAGCAUGAAUCUUCGUUGCUACUAUCAUCCUGCUGUUAAUUCAACCAAAGGGUACUUCGGGAUGUGUUUUGAUCAUUAAAUGCUAUUUAUUACCUGGACUAUACAUGUAAUUCCCUAAGCAGAAGUGAGUUAAGGUAGUACUUAGCAAUAUGAUUUUAUAAUGGCUACUCAGUAUGCUUGCUGUUGAACCUUCCAUGAGGAGUGAAUUCAAAGUAUUGGUUUUUCCCACAAAAUGUAAAGAUGUUAUUAAUAGUAACUGCAGUCAUUCCAAUCAGAUGAAUGCAAUUAUAAAAUAGUAGUAGUGCUUCUUUCUUAUCUCAAAAAUGAAGUUUUAUGCAUUUUUUAAAUCUAAAGAUAAGCACCAAGGGAAACAUCAGUAGAUGCUCCUCUGUGUGAUUUUUGUUAUUUGUAUGAAGCAGUGUAGUGAUGUUUAGAAGCUGAGGUUAUCCCUGAGGUGGAUCUGCCUUAAGUGUGUUAUGUAUUACUCAAAGGCAAAUUUGUGAUAUAAAAGUAUAAGAGUUAUUACUGAACCAGAAUAAAUACUUUAAUAAAGAUGUGAGAACAUAAAA